GAGAGAGAGAGAUUGACGGAGGAGGGACAAGACAGUGUUGUGGCAGCGCGUGCAGCGGUUAAACCACACACAUACACGCGCGCACGCGCGAGCUCUUUUCUACAGAGCACGGGCUCUCUCUUACACGCUCACGCGCAUCGAGAAGCAUGGAGUAUCCGUCAGCGUCUCCAGCACGCGACCAAGUCGGAGAGCCGCGCGCCUAAAGGAUUAUGGAGAGCAGCAUGUUUCUGAGUAGUGUGUGUCAGGGUGGCUUGGUGCCCGCUCUGGUUCGAGCUCCCCUCCCACAGGUUCACUCGUCUGUGGGCCUGAAGCACUUCCUUCCCUUCUCGCUGGAGACGAGCCCCGCCCUCAACCUGCUGCCCACGUUCGCCUCUAUGGACCCGGUUCAGAAAGCAGUCCUGCAUCACACACUUGGCAUUUCUCCUUUGUCUAAAAGGAAACACGUCUCCUGCAACGUGUGCCAACUGCGAUUUAAUUCACAGAGCCAAGCGCUGUCCCACUACAAAGGCACCAAGCAUGCCAAGAAGCUUAAAUCUCUAGAAGUACCCAAGUGCAAGCAGAAAAGCUCUGCGGUAAUGAGGGAAAACAGGAAGGAGCCUGAAAAGAACCUCUCACCUUCUGCUCCCCUGAGCACCACAGAGAUAAAAGAAGCCAUCCCUGAUCCAUUACAGCCGGCGAUUUCUCCAUCUCCAGCAAAAUGCGGGUCCAGCAUGGCCUCCCCCGAGGCCGAGUUUACCUCAACAGAAGGACAGAGUCCGGACCUCCCUCCUGGAGCAGCCCAGGACCCCGAAGCCGAGAAGGAGACGGAGGAGGAGAAAGCCUUGCGUCUCCUUUACUGCUCGCUUUGCAAAGUCGCCGUCAACUCAGCGUCCCAGCUCGAGGCUCACAAUAGCGGCACAAAGCACAAGACCAUGCUGGAAGCGCGGAACGGGAACGGCUCCAUCAAGUCCUUCCCCAGGCCAGGGGUGAAAAACAAGCUACUGUCGCCUAGUGCUGCAUCGACGGGCCUGCAGAACAAGACAUUCCACUGUGAAACAUGUGACGUCCGUGUCAACUCCGAGACGCAGCUCAAACAGCACAUCAGCAGCCGGCGCCAUAAAGACAGAGCGGCUGGAAAACCGGCCAAGCCCAAGUACAGCCCCUACACUAAGACCCCAAAAGGACAGACCAAACAGCAAACAGGAAAAACACCGGUGAAGCUGCCUCUAAGUAAGGACAUGGGCCAAACGCUGACCGCCGCAAUAGUACCCUCUCACUUGGCAGCCGUUGCCGCAGCAGCCGCCGGGUUCCCGCUUCGUGCCAGCCAUAACCCAUCCCUUUUCCAGACUCAAUCUCUCCCCACAACACUUCUUCGCCCUGCACCUGGGCCUAUUAGGACCAGCCAUACGCCGGUACUGUUCGCUCCCUACUGACCUCCGAACUGUGACUUCGGAUUAAAUCUGACACACCAUCUCAGCGUUAAUUUAAUUGUGGUCCGGUCCAGUGUGGAUUAUUGCCUUUUUCUGUCCAUCAUCACACAAAUAAUCCGGUACGGAUCUGAUGUGUGAUAGUAUACCGCAAUAAUGAAAAAGACAAACCAGGUAACUAUGCAUUGUCAUUACCAUAUGACACACUGAUUCAAAGCUCGAAAUGGAUUUAGGGGUUUAUUGUUGGAGGAAUCUUUUUUCUGUUUUCUUUUUUUGGGUUUUGUCAUGUCCAAAAAAUAUAUUAAAAGAUUUUUAUGUAUGAGAAGAGAGAGGAGAAAGUAUGGGAAAAUAAGUUCUACUGCUCAGCUGUUUGCACUUUAAGCCCUUCCUUCUGUGGAUGUCUUCAGUGCUUUAGAUCAGUAGAACCUGGUUUAUUCCUUCCUGUAUGUUGUGAUUUAUUUGUACGCACGUGCAUUUGAUGUUGUGUGAAUGGACGAUGGAGUGAAAAGUGAAUUACUGCUGAUUUAUUACCUGCUAAGUAAAGUGUGUGUGUGUGUGUGUGUACAUGUUUGUACAUCCCUUAAAGCUACCCAUGCAAAAAUCUACACAGGUCAAAAGGACGGUAAAGCUCAUCUAUCUCAUCAAACAAAUGUGAAAAAAAAAAACACAGGAUUUCAAAUAAAAUCUUACUUUGCUAA